UGUUGGUGGUGUAAAGAGUUGGGUCGCCCUCGCUCGCGUGUUCGUGCCGUUCGUGCAGCGCCAUGGCCUGGGCCGAGGCGCUGGUGCUGUGCGCGCGGCGGUGCGGGCCGCGCUGGGGCGCGGUGCUGCUGGGCCGGCUGCUGCUUGCGCCGCGGGGCCGCCACCGCCGCCUGAGGGCCGCCGCCGGCGCGCUCUGGGGCGCGCUCCUCGGCCUGCUGCUGCUGCGGUUCGUGCUGCGCGACCUGGGCGUCGGCGGUCACGUCGGCGUCGUCCUCUCGGCCGCCGUGGUCGCCCUGCUCGCCAUCGGCCACGCCGUGUCCACGCAGGUGCGCUGCAUCGCGCUGCUGGCGCUGCCCGCGCUGUGCUCGCGCGGCGGCAGGACGGCGCUGCGGGCCGCGCUCAUCGCGCUGGUGCUGGCGGGGCCGCUGGCCAACAUCGCGGACAACGCCAUCCAGGGACACAGCCUGGAAAUGUUCUUGACAUGAGCGAAGAAGUCUAUGGAGUCAUUUAUUUACCUGCUAGAAUAGGUCCGCGAGGUGUCCGGACCGCUCAAGCAGGAGGUGGAGGGUCACGAGGACGAGACGGAAAAGAUCCGCGAGGAGAACGAUUACUUCGACUCGCAGGUGAGGUGGGGCAGAGGGGCAGGUAGGCCCCGCCCAAUUAUCGAAAACUAUCGAAAAACUUGCGCCAAACUCGCUCAAAAUCACGGCAAACUCGCGCCCAAGUCGCCAACUCGUUGGACACCGGGAGUUGACCCGUCCUGCUGCAGGUGGGCGACACGGCGCGCAGCGAGGACAUCGAGCGCAAGUACACGGCCGCCCCCGAGGAGCCGGCCGCGGCGCGCUACGGCCGUCAGUACCGGCGACGGCUCGAGUACCGA